AUGCAUACACAAUGCAAGGCUGCUUCGACGUCGAGCGCGGGCCAAGCGUGGGCAUCCGUGGAUAGGUUGAACACCGUGCAAGCGCCGUCAUGUCCAGUCAAUGCGCAAAUAGACGCGCGGGAGGGCCGAUCGUCCCUGAUCGUGCAUCCUCUCGCCCAGCGUUGUCGUGUCGUCGUCAUCCCUCGCGAGCUGAGCCCGCUCCCGUGUGCGUGGCCGUCCCUCUGCGCGCCUGCCCUGCACGCCUGCCUUCCGAGCCUGCCUGCCUCCUCUCUGACAUCUGCGACAUGCGAUCGCUCCCUCGCAUCCAAGGCGACGCCUGCUGCACGCAAUGGCGCACGCGCGUGCAUCCUACCAGCGUCGACAAUACGACGACCGGAACCCAGCCUCAGCGUGCCUCGGCGCGCAUCAGCGCACACAGACUUGGGCACAACCACGAGCGCGCCGCUGGACAGGGCAGCAUCAGACGCAAGACGUGGGAUUGCAGGGAACGCGCAGACUUUGAGCAGCAUGAUCGACCCGCUCAACACACGCACCGCGAGCGCGCCUCCGGAGAAGACACCAGAUGUCGAGGCUGCAGACAACGGCAAACGCCUCGUGCAGCGUCAGCCAUCGCUCAAUGGAUCCCGGCCGUGCGUACCAUCUUUGUCCCGCGCUGCCUCACUCAUCAUACCCCUCACACGUUUGCCCCCAACCGAGGCUGCGCUCAAUCGCCGCCGCCGAUAUUCCAAACAGCUCGCUACGCCCUCCGCACGCCGCACGCCAGCCUGGAACCGAGACGACGGCCCUCGCCUGCAUCAAACCGCUGCCGGUGCUUCAGGGCAACAACGAUGGCGCAAAUCGUUGGCCGUGGACGAUGAUUCCCACAACGCCGACGCCGUCAGACUUCCCCGGACGCACAACAUCAAUACGACAGCGAGGGACGUGGCCCGUGCGCGCCGCUUCCGUCCUGCACCGCCGCCUUACAAGAGACAUCCAUCGCGCGCCACAAUUGCGAGUCGGAACACACACACACACACUGCACGCGCUCUAUUAACGGUACCCCGGUCACGAUCUGCGCGCAGCUCCCGCUACCUGUCCACUGGCCUUUGCGCCUCACUACGCGCGCAGCCCGGCGACUGCAUUCUCUUGCCGCCAGUGCUGCAGAGCGGCGACGAGGACGCGGAUGGUCUGCACCGCCGCGCAGCCAGGCGAGACGUGAUCCGCACACCGCGAGACGCAAACACCUGCCGAUCACACAUUGCGAUGCGGACGUGCGACACGACGUUCUGGCCGCCCCCCGCGUCCCCGCCCGCGUACCUGGGCGCGGUCAUUCUGCCUGACGCAGACGGACGCCCUCGCCGACGUGCGCACCCGCCACGUCUACCCGCCGCAAGCCCCCACAUCGCCCGUCACCCUCAUCGCUCCGGUGGCGACGCCCGCGUCGCACGCAGCGUCCCCGCGCGAUCGAUGCUGCGCCCGCGCGUGCGCAUCCUCGCAUUUGCGCCAUUCGCAGACGUACCGCAGCCCGGAGCGGAGGAGCGGCACACGGCCGCCGUCGCAGACACCAUUGAGUUGAGUCGGAGGCUGGGUGCACAGCAGAACACGUCGAGCCGCGCGCUGCAGCACGUCUAUUCGAGUGAGCGUCCGUCUGCAUGCCCUGGGUCUGUGCCCGCGCUCUGCACGACGCCUCCCCCGCCAUCUUCUGGCCUAAUGCGCACGCCGGGCCCACAACCACAUAAGCCUCGAGCGACCGUGGGUGGCGUUGCGGAUGGAGCGCGCGCGCGCGCACAGUCUCCCGCACUCGGUCAAGACGCGCUGCCCAUACCGUCGCGCGCGCCCGCAGCAGCAGCAGCAUUACUACAAAUGCACAUAAAAGUGUAA